AUGUGUGAAAAGGAAAACGGCUGCAUAUUUUCACCUUUCACAGAUAACAAACAACAGGUCGCGGUUGUCCGGAUCUCUGCAGUCAUCACUGGUUUAUGCUGCAUGAGGCUGAGAAGAUGUCCAUUCCGUCGAUACUUUACCGCCGAGCAGAGCGGGGUCGUAAGACUUACAGAGCUAACAGAAGCAACAAGCUCGAUUAUGAGGCGUCAUGGCCUGAUCGGACGCCAAGAAUCAACAGUGGGGAAGCUGAAAAGUCAAGAUUCUUUUGGUCUCGGUCGGCCCGCCCCGGUGUAG